CGUUUCAUCAAGGGAUAUUUUACGAUAAUAAAAAGCCUUUUGAAGAUUAAAGAAAACGUGAUCGAACGAAGUGUUUUUAGAGGAAAAUAUUAUGUUUUUUGACGCAUUAUAAGGAAUGUAGCAGUGCCUGUUAUAGUGACGUUGAUCAAAACUCAUUGAUGCAUUCCAUUGAAGACUGAUGUAUAUGUAGAUACUGUUUGGCAGCUAUGAAGUUCUUCAGUACUUUACUUCCAUAUAACUUCAACUGGGACCAAGUGGCAGUUGGCCUAUGGCAAAGAUAUCCUAACCCUAAAAGCAAGCAUGUUUUAACUGAAGAUGUUGUGUCCAGAGUUUUAGUUGGAAAGAAGUUAUUUACAAAAAGGCUAUUGACCAAGAAGUACAAUGUCCCAAAGUGGGGUAGAGAUGGACCAAAGUGGUAUGUGACUGCCAUAAUUGAAGAAUCUGUCGUGGAUCCUGUCAAAAAGACCAUGACAACAUACACCAGAAAUAUAGAUCUUAAAUGGUUUAUUAAUGUUGUUGAAAAAUGUGUUUACACAGUUGACCCAGAGAAUAGAUGCAAAGUUAUGCAAGAAAAAUCAUUCUGGAAUACAUCUAAAGUUUUUGGAUUCGGCAGGGCUAUUGAACUUUAUGGAUAUGAAAAAGCCAAAAAAGAUGCUCAGAAAACUCAUGAAGGAUUUAUUCAAAUUUUAGAGAAAUUAUUUCCAUCAGAUACUUUUGUUCCAGCGACAGUCCUGGCUACAACUGGCAAAGAAAGGAUCAAGCAGACGGCACGUAAGGCAACAGAAAUGGCAAAGGAUGCUACAGAGAAAGCUAAAGACAAGGCAAAAUCUAGAGUUUUUGUACCAAAUUCAUAGAUAAGCCAAAGGCAUGGCAAAAUCUAAAGAGUUUUUGAACCUAAUUCAUAAGAAUUUGAAUAUUUUUGUUUAUAUCAAUGGUUAUGGUCACAUUGGCUAAAUUGAUGAAGAUAAUGACAUAUUAUACAUGUCAUAUACUGGCUUAAACUUAUACUGUCAGCUUUCAUUGUAAUUCUACACAGAUUUUUGAUGAUGCAACAUGAUCACUGUUGAUUAUUGAAUGAAAGCUUGCAGCUUACUAAAUGAUCAGUUUAUUUUAACUGUUAAAUAUAUAUAUUUAUGUUUUAUUAUUUUUUUCAAUAUUUUCCAUAAAGGUAUGAAAGUUUCAGAUUUCAUUUCAUUUCUGAAAUGAUUGUUGAUGUGUUUGUGUGCAGCUAAUAUGAUUAACAGUACAUUGUAUUUUUAAUAUUGUUUAAUGAAA